AUGAGUAUUACAGCUGGUAAGUGUUGUAAAUAUAUCAGAAAAUAUUUCACAAAUGGGCUACGCAAAAAUGCUUUGCCUUAUUUUAUUUAUUGUAAAAAUAAACCAUUUCUUAUAAAUCCAAAAUUAAUACAAAAGUACUCUUUAGAUAAUGUACCAAAAAAUGUUAUAAAUAGGUAUAUACAAGAUAAAAGAAGAUUGAAGAAUGAUAAUAUAUAA